AUGAACCCCUUAUUGGCCGAGCGAGAAAACCCCCCACCGCGACGCAAAUCAUGCGAAGCGUGCAAGACCGCCAAGCGACGCUGCGAUCUCGCAUUCCCGGCUUGCUCUCGAUGCGCGACCAGGAAUACACCAUGCAUUUACCCAGGACGACAGCCUGCAAUCCCACAGAAGUUGAUCGACGCGAUGUUUGAAUCGAUUGCGCAGACUGUUGACACACCGUUAUCAUUUGACUCGUGUACGACCGAGUUCCGUAUACCUGAACUACCAGACCCACCUGCUAUCGCUCAUCCAUUCGAUGUCUUCGAUCCACAGUGGGAUUAUAUCGACAUCGACGCUCCUUGUCUGGCGGAAGCACCCACUGGUGUUCUCGUCCCACGGCCCAGUUACACAAUGACUGCGCCAGUAACAAGACCCCCGAUGGCUCUCUCCGAAAUCAUCGCCUCCCGGCUCCAGUUCGCCAUCGAUGUCCUCAAGGACGUUCCCAAGAUGAUGGUCCAAGAGAACCAAACUCCUUGGUCCCAUAAACAGCUUUAUGUCAAUGGCAUGCCCAAACACAUGCAAGGCAAGUCGAUCUAUAGUUUUCUGCUUUUUCCCUCCCUCACAAAAAAUAAAAUAUAA